GCUUGGCUGAAGUGUGGGGCUGGGCACAGUCCCUUCCCUGAGGUCCCCCGGAGGAGGGGUGCCCCCCAGGACGGGACCAUGCAAGGCGCCGAGGGCGGCUGCUUUGCCUGUUGCUGGAACCUCCUGCUCUUCCUGCUGGCCUGCUACUUCCUCAGGCUCUGGAAUGGCCAAUUCCAGGCACUUCCCGCGUGGAGAGACUCACCCCGGCCCCCUUCCCAAGGCCAGGAAGAAAGAGCGCCCAGGUGGCUGUCAGAGGACCCCCACCACUCUCCGAGGAGCCGCCGACGCCGUUCCAUCCGCCGGCUGCUGUGCGACGACCCAAGCUGCUCCUUGUGCCAGCAGGUGGCCGAGGAGGCGGCCGAACUGGCUUACCCCAGAGGGCCGGGCCUUGGGGUCCCCCUGACCCGGGCCAGUCAGAGGGAAAGCACCCACAGCUCCGUGUCCAGCACCCUGGACUCCUCGUUCAGCAGCUGGACACAGGGCAGCAUCUCCUCCUCUGGGUGCUCAGUGUCGCUGCGGAGCAUCUUCUCCUGGUCUCUGCAGGUGGAGAGCGAAGAGAUCUCGUCCUUCAGCGAGAGUACCCGGCGAUCCCAGGCCACAAGAAAGGGCGCACACAGGAAGAGCCGAGAGGGUGGCUGUCGGCACUGCCGCCGGCGCCACCGGAGGAAGGGGCGGGCUCCGGCCUUCCAAGGGGUCGCCCUGGAGACCCCCUUCCUGGGGGAGGAGGCCAGGGCCAGCUUAGAAGGGCACCUGCUGAGGAAGCAGGUUCAGCACGCCCUGGGGCUGCCCGCCACCCUCCUCCGCUCCCUCCGGGCCUUCAUGCCCCUUGCCCCAAACUCUGUGGCCAGGAGCGCCCCCAGGAGCCCUGUUCUGGCCCUCUGCCCCCAGCCUCUCCCCUUCCUGAAGCCCCAUGGCACCCGGGCAGAACUCGAGAAGCACCUGAAGAAGAUGGUGCACCUCAGGCGCUGGCGGCUCGAGAGGCAAUGCAAAGCAAACGGCAGUAAAAAAAGCAAACAGGAACAGGUGGCCACGCAGAUCAAACAUGGCCAGCUCCAGCCUGCUCGGCAGCAGAAGGCGGUGCGGUUCCUAUCGGUGCCGGGAAGGGAUGGAGCUGCAGCCGCCCCACCUGGACGAAGGCGGGCCCUUCACCGGUCCAGCCCCUGCCUGUUUGAAACCAGGCUUCUUUGCUGCAGGGGAAACGCACAAGCCUGUGGGGAGAAAGCCGUGGGUCACGCCGGUCACCCCGAGAACAACAGCAGUGAUGCCAAUGUUGUUGCUGUUGAUGGUGGUGGUUGA